CUCUGUUGGAGGGAGGUGAGAGAAAUGCAGAUUUCCUGCCCUUUGCCUCACAUUUGUCCAAUUCCUCAUUUCAGCAUGUCGGCAGGUCCCUGUGCCACCUUUCCCAGACUUUGCCCAUGUGUGCCCCAACGCCUGGGUCGGAUUCCAGGGGAAAUGCUAUUAUUUUUCCAAGGAGGAGAAUGAUUGGAACAGCAGCAGGGAGCACUGCAAUGCCCACGGAGCUUCCCUGGCCACCAUAGGCAGUGCGGAGGAGAUGGAUUUCAUGAUGCGCUUCCAGGGCCCGGCAAACUGUUGGAUCGGGCUGCACAGGGAAGAAGAGGAUGCCCAGUGGACGUGGAGCGAUGGCACAGCCUUCACCAACUGGUUUGAGCUGCGAGGUGGAGGCCGAUGUGCGUACCUGAACAGGGACAGGAUCAGCUCAUCCCUGUGCCACCUACACAAGCACUGGGUCUGCAGCAGAGCUGACCACUAUGUCCUCUGGAAGCAAAAGGCACACCCACAAUGAGAGACCCCACCACCGUGUCAGGACCGGUCAGCCGUGUGACAG